GGCGGCGCGGGAUGAACGGGACGGGCCGGGCGUACGGGAGCGACGGGACAGCGCUGCCGGCCGGGGCUCGCCCGCUGGUCAGCGCCCUCAUGUUCUCGGCCGGGCUCCUGGGCAACCUCCUGGCGCUGGGGCUGCUCCUGCGCGGCCGCCGCGGAGCCCGGCAGCGCCCGCCCGCGCUGUUCCACGUCCUGGUGCUGGCCCUGGUGGUCACCGACCUGCUGGGCACCUGCUCCGUCAGCCCCUUGGUGCUGGCUUCCUACCACCGCAACCUCACCCUGACCAGCCUGGCCCGCGGAGGGCACAUCUGUCUCUACUUCGGCUUCGCCAUGAGCUUCUUCGGCCUCGCCACCAUGCUCAUCCUCUUCACCAUGGCGCUGGAGCGCUGCCUGGCCCUGGGGCGGCCGUACUUCUACGAGCGCUUCCUGAGCCCCCGCACGGGCCUGGUGGCCCUGCCGGCCAUCUACACCUUCUCGGCCGCCUUCUGCUCGCUGCCGCUGCUGGGCUUCGGGCGCUACGUGCAGUACUGCCCCGGCACCUGGUGCUUCAUCCAGAUGCACCUGGAGCCGCGCCGCAGCGACGGGGAGGUGGCGGGGCUGAACGUCGCCUUCUCGCUGCUCUACGCCACGCUGCUCCUCUUCCUCAUCCUCGCCGUGCUGCUGUGCAACCUGAGCGUCAUCGCCAACCUGGCCCGCAUGCACCGCCGCGGGCAGAGGAGCCGCAGGGUGGCCGCCCCCGAGCAGCCCCGCGGGGCCGGCGGCUGCGGCCGGCGCAUGUUCUCCAUGGCCGAGGAGAUCGACCACCUCCUGCUGCUCUCCAUCAUGACCAUCACCUUCGUCAUCUGCUCCCUGCCCUUCACGAUCCGUGCCUACGUGAACAAGCUCAGCGAGGCAGAGGGUGACCACGAGUGGGACCUGCUGGCCCUGCGCUUCCUGUCCAUCAACUCCAUCGUGGAUCCCUGGGUCUUUGCCAUCCUGCGGCCGCCCGUGCUGCGCCUCAUGCGCUCCGUGCUCUGCUGCCAGGUGACCCCCACGGCCCCCGGCAGCCACGCCGUGUCCUCUGCUGUGACAAAGCUGCCAGCACGGCCGCACCUCUGCGGGCAGUAGAUCCAGGAGGAUCCUGCCUCCUGAUGGGCAGUUCUGGGCCCCUCAGUUUGGGAUGGAUGUUGAGGUGCUGGAGAGCAUCUGGAAGAGGCAAUGAGGCUGGAGAGGGGCUGGGAACACAAACCCUGUGAGGAAGCCCUGAGGGAGCUGGGGGGCUCAGCCUGGAGAAAAGGAGACUCAGGGGUGCCCUCAUCCCUCUGCAGCUCCUGGAAGGUGCCUGUGCUCAGCUGGGGCUGGGCUCUGUCUCCAGCAGCACUGACACAACCAGAGCUCACAGCCUCGAGCUGUGCCAGGGGAAAUACAGGUUGGAUAUCAGGAAAAGUUUUUUACAGAAAGAGUGACAAAGUUCUGGAAUGUUCUGCCUGGGGAGGUGGUGCAGUCCCCAUCCCUGGGUGUGUUUAACAAAGCCUGGAUGUGGCACUGGGUGCCAGGGGUGAGUUGAGGUGUUGGGGCUGGGUUGAGCUCCAUGAUCCUGAAGGUCUCUCCCAACCCAGUGACUCUGGGAAUUCUGUGAAGCUCUGCCUUGGGGGCCAUCCAGUGGCUGCUGCAGCCUGGGCCAGCUGGGGGUGGCUCAGCUGUCACCUGGCAAGUCACUGCAGGCUCUCACAGGGACAAAAGUGCAGUGGGUCAAGGCUGGAAGGGCUGGUGAGUCCCUGGGUGCCGCUGGCACCCUUAGGGCUGGAGGAGGGCUCAGCCCUGCUGGGGAGGGUUGGGGGUGAAGCCUGGGGGGUUUUGUUGUAACCCCAUGGCUGGGGGGUGUUGGGAAGCAGAGGUUCCUGCUGGUGUGCUUCCCAGCAAGGUCUCAGUGGGGUUUUGGGAUGCAGGCAGGGCUACAGCUCCUGGAGAUGGGGCUGGGUGGCUGCAAACACCCAUCUGUGUCCCCAGAUCCAGAAGGAUUGGGAAGGAGAGGAAAGGAGCAGUGUGUCCUUAAAAAAUCCCCAUUGUUUUAGGCUGGUUGCCUAAAGAAAUGCACUUUUUCAGGGCCAAGUCUGUCUGUCUGUGCCACACCCCUGAGAUUUUAGGCACUGGUGGGUCCCUGAGGGGCACCAAAGUACUAAAAAAGCCAAAUUUUGGUACUUCCCUGGCACUGUGAUGGAGCAGAGCAGCCCCUCCUCAGCACCCAUUUGGAAAUUCCCUUUGGAAGAGCCAACAAAGGGAAUAAAGAGCCUGACCAGGGAAUGGUCACAGCCAUGAGCUUCACCCACAUCCAGGGUGGUGCUGCUGCUGGGGUUUGAGUUGGUCCUUGAUUGGGACGAAUAUUUAUUUAAAAAGAAAUCAAUAAAAGCAAAAAAACAUGCAGGUUGUGAAGUUGGGCAGCAUCCUUCAACACCACUGUUUUGUUUUCUGGGAUUCCUCUUGCUCUUUGGGACUCCAGGAUGGUUCCCACUGGGAUGAGGAGCACCCAACUCCACAUCCCAAGGCCACCACUGCCAUUAGGAAUUUUCUUGUGGCUGCCAUUGGAGCAGCAUCCAACAUACCCAGUGGCAUUUGUGCAAUUCCCAGUGUGGAGUCUCAUUUGGGAGCUGCAGCUCUGCUCAGGGAGCCCAAAAGUGCUGAGAUUUGGGGCUUUUCUGUGUCGAGGUGAUGUAAAAGAAAAAAGAAAAAAAAAGAGUUAUUAUUUAAAUAAUAAAUGUCUCUCAAAGGA